GUCGUUCGGGGUAUUUUGUGUGUUUUUCUCGUGUUUUUUCCCUCAAAAUAAAGAAAAAACCCAAAACAUUUUCAAUUUGCAAAAAUGUUAAAAUUUAUCGAAUAAUCAAAAGCUCUCUAGUCAAGAAUUCUCUUGCCAAUUAAAUUCCACUCAAACUAAAAACACAAGGCAGUAGAAUAUAAAAUAAAAUAAAACCACGACCCGACCAUGGAGCUCCACUCGUAUGCGAAAUUACGAGGUUACAAGAAAUGGACAAUUCAACAGAAACGGAAAUUAGUUGAGGCUCGGAUCAAUUACGAUGGAAUAUUCUCAAAGAAAUCAUCAAAUUGUGUUGAUUCGUGGAAGAAAAUCAUGAACACUGCGAAAUUGAAUGAGUUCAAUGUAUGUUUCGUGCGCAAACAAUGGGCCAAUCUUCUGGCCAAAUAUAAAGUAUAUAAGCGAACACGACUGAGACAACUUGGUAAAAAUGGUGAAAUAAAUGACCAGAUAGCUAGAGAAAUCAGUGAGGAAUGGGAAUUCUUCUAUCCCAUUCAUAGUUUCAUGUCCAAGAAGCCUACAAAUUUUCAUUCCUAUGCCCAGAAUCCACGAGACGCCGAUGAAAAUGGCAAUGCUCAUCAAGACGAAGAUUAUAAAUCUGAGUUUAAAUCAUCGCCACCGCCGUUUCCACAGAACACAGAUCAUGACUUCUAUUCCAAAUCGGCCAGUCGUGAGAUUCAAGAUAUUAAAAUGGAGCCAGAUGAGUCUUCAACAUCAAAUCUAAACACCUCCGCCGCCGCAACAUCAUCAGCAAAACCUUCUGAGAACAACAACAAGAUUUUGGGACAGAACUCUUGCAGCACCCUAAAUAGUAGUAGUAUAAAAAUCGAGCAGCCUCAAAAGAUAGUACAAGCCGAACACUCGGCCAAGAAAACCCCCAAGAAAGGGAAGCCAUCGGAGAGAGAUAAAUACUACAAACACAAGAGACGCUAUGACCGUCGAAAUGAGCGGCGUUUCGAUGCUCUGCUCAAUGUCUUUGGCCAAAUGGUGAAGACAUACUUCCCAAAUGUUGAUACCACUAAGCUGGAUGCUCAAUCUGACCAAAUAUCGACUGAAGACGAUAAUGAGAGCUCAAUGUCUGACACUGUUUGCAUGGAGGAGGAUUUGGAAUCAUUCUGUUCAGAGCAGUCAUCGGCGGCGGAGCCACCUGUCUCCGAUGAGAGUGGACUUUAAUUACGAGUUAAACCAAUCAAAAAACACGAGGACAAUGACUGCUUUCUUUUUAUCUGUUUUUUCUUUGUAGACUGAAUCUAUGAUAAUAAUUUUUAUUGCUUAACGUUUAAAACAAAAUAGAGUGCGCUUUACCUAUUUUUGUGGUUUGUUUUGUGUUUGUUGUUUCUCAAAAAUGCAUAAAGUCAAACUAUGAUAUUUAUUAAAGGUUUCCUGAUAUUGCACUUAAGA